AUGGAUCCCUCGCAAGUCAAAGUUCCUCCGUUGAUGGACUUGACCAUUGAUAAUAUCACUGAAAAUGUCAACCUCAUCAACUCGGGCAAUCCGGAUCCGCGCUUCAAAUACGUUCUAGAGCGGCUGGUGGUGCAUCUGCACGCCUUUGCUCGAGAGACACGACUUAGCACGCAAGAGUGGGCGGCAGGGAUACAGUUCUUGACCAAGACCGGACAGAUUUGCACCGACGUGCGACAAGAAUUUAUUCUGCUUUCUGAUAUCCUCGGUCUCUCCUUGCUGGUAGACAGUAUCGACCACCCCAAACCCCCCAAUAGCACUGAGGGGACGGUGCUUGGUCCCUUCCACACCCAUGACGCCCACACUUUGGAUCAUGGCGCGUCCAUGUCCCACGACGAGAAGGGCGAACCUCUCCUUGUCCUCUGCACUGCCAAAGACGUCAAUGGGAAGCCCAUCCCAGGCGUGAAGAUUGACAUUUGGGAAACCGACUCGUCAGGGCAUUACGACGUACAGCAUGCGGGUCGCACUGAACCGGAUGGCCGGUGUGUCAUGAUCAGCGAUGACCAGGGAGUGUUCUGGUUCAAGGCUAUUGUGCCUGUGCCUUAUCCGAUUCCACACGACGGGCCUGUGGGACAGCUAUUAAAGACGCUCCGCAGACAUCCCAUGAGACCAGCGCAUAUGCAUUUCAUGUUUGAGAAGGAGGGCUUUGAUCAUUUGAUUACCGCGCUAUAUCUGAGGGGCGACCCUUAUGAGACCUCGGACGCCGUCUUUGGGGUGAAGAAUUCUCUAAUUGUCGAUCUAGGCAAGGUCGAUAAAGCCACCGCCGAGAAAUACGGCGUGGACGAGGGCAUUGCGCUUCUGAAGCAUGAUUUCGUCCUCAUCACGGAUGAAGAGAGUAGCAAACUCCGAGAAGAGAAUUCUAAGAAGGCCUUGGAAGCGCUGGGGAGAAGGGUCAAGAUUGUUCAGGGGUUACCAGUUCCAGAAGUCGAUUGA